AUGAUACUCGAAGUCAACAACACAUUCGGAGAAAGACGCAUGUAUCUGCUUGACGGCUCGAGUCCUGCCAGUCCGCCGCGCACAUCUGAUUCUGAACAAACGUCUGGAUCCGAAGAACACGGACCGCAGAUACCUAUUCGGGCGAAGUCGAAAUUUACCGAUGUAUGGAUGAAAGAUUUCCAUGUUUCGCCGUUCAACUCUCGAAAAGGUUCGUAUACGCUGAAGGCCCAAAACCCAUUCCCUUCUGUGCAUUACGAGAACCCUCUGAUCGACAAUACGAUUACCCUCAAAUCUUCGAAGGAUCAUGGGAAGCUUGUAGCUCGUCUCUUCUCUACUGGAAAGGCCAUUGACCCGGAUCAAUUGGGUUUCCUCGGAACUCUGCGGUUCAUCCUGAGCUGGUGGUGGGUAGGCUUCGUAACGUUCCCGCGCAUCGUCAGAGAAGCUGGCAAGAUCUUUUUCAAGAGGAAGUUGCACGUGUGGUUCCGGCCGGAGGUGCUAACGUCGAGCGUUGGUCGGUCUCCCACUUCCGCUGAGAUAAACUACCUACACGUACUCGUAAACCAAACCGAAGUAGACUUUUGCAUCACGUUCAAGGCGUCGGUUCCCAACAUCCCCACCGAUAAGAUCGCUACGACACACGUCCCUGGUCGAAACCGGCCAUACAAGAACAUCGAGAUCCGUUUCGAAGAAGCUAUCUCGAUGAGCUGA